AUGAUCAAUCUUGCCCCUCUUUACUUAUCUUGUGUAUGUAAAUGUGAAGAGUGCAAGGAAAAACAUGAUGAUGUGAUUAAUACUGUUAAUGCAUUAACCACUGAUCUACUUGGGCUUAGUCCAUCAGUUAAACGAUUCAUGAUGUAUCAACAAGGUUGCUCUGGUGGUGGCGCUGUUCUCCGAUUAGCCAAGGACUUGGCAGAGAAUAAUAAAGGUGCUCGAGUUCUUGUUGUUUGCUCAGAAAUUUUGGCAAUAACCUUCCAUGGCCCAAGUGACACUGAAGUGGAUGUUUUGAUUGGACAAGUCCUCUUUGGUGAUGGAGCCGCUGCAGUCAUUAUUGGAUCAGACCCAAAUUUAGAGGUGGAAAGACCUUUGUUUGAGCUUGUGUUUGCAACCCAAACUCUUCUUCCAGAUACUGGAUAUGCUGUUUAUGGUAAAACUAGUGAGGCCGAGCUGAAAUUUCACUUACAUAAGAAUGUUCCAAGAUUGAUUUCAAAUGAUAUUGAAAAGAGUCUGGUGGAAAUAUUUGAACCUUUGGGCAUUUCUUAUUGGAACUCUAUAUUCUGGGUAGUUCAUGCUGGUGGACGUGCAAUUAUGGACAAAGUUGAAUCAAAGUUAGGUCUAAAGCCUGAAAAACUCAGGGCUACAAGACAUGUCCUAAGUGAGUAUGGGAACGUUGCUAGUGCUUGUGUUUUGUUUGUUUUGGAUGAGAUAAGGAAAAACUCUAUUAAGGAAGGGUUGGAUACUACCGGUGAAGGACUUGAGUGGGGGGUGCUUUUUGGAUUUGGGCCCGGACUUACUAUUGAGACACUCGUCCUCCGUAGUGUUAGUAAUAUUCAUAAAUAGCAAUUUGAAGAUACUUACUGUCACAGAGUUUCAAAUUUCACGGGUAAAACUCCAUAAUAACAUCGGAUAUCAUGACUAGUGAAAUUU